AUGGCGGCGAAACAGUUGAGCGGUGUGCUACGAACAUACAUCGCAGCUGGAAAAGCUACUCCUUCACCACCUUUAGGACCAUCACUUGGUCAGGUAGAAAACUAUUUCCGAUUGUUUUUAUUUAAUUUUAUCUUUUUCAAGAGUUAGCACUUUCUUUUGCACUUUAUUCUAGCGCGGAGUGAACAUAGCUCAAUUUUGCAAAGAAUUCAACGAUCGCACAAAACACAUUGUCACUGGAGUUCCGAUACCAACAAUUAUCCAUUACAAGGUAAUCAUAAAUGCAAUCAUAAAUGCUACGAUGUCGAGUGAACCUGAGAACUCCAGCAACCGUAAACUGCCGCGUAUGAUCCUAGCUCCGCUGUGGGUGGGGGGUGGGGGGUUACUCCCAUAUAUAAAAGUGACCGGGAUACUCGUCGGAAAAUAAAACCCCUAAGAGAGACCAAUGUGGGUGUGGCUGAAGCUUAAACUGACCCCGAAGGGAGACUUUACUAAAACAGGUAUCUUGGCAUUCUUUGUAAAAUUCCUUAUGCACAGCUCUAAAUGAUACCUGAAUGGUCAAAUAUGAUAACUUUCCAUCUUAAACACCCGAAGUGAGACCAAAAUCUGCAAUUAUUUUCACCCCCAAGCGAGAUAACGAGCAACCCGGUCACUUUUUUGUCCCCCCAUCCUGGGAGUCACAAGCCCUAAACAAGGUUUGUAACUUUUCCCUUUGUAGGAAUAUUAAACAUUAAAUCCAACAACAACUAAGACCACUACGUCUAAAACCAAAACAUGGCUAAUUGCAAGAGCAAAAACAAAAUGUCAGUACCCACCCCUCCCUGCCUUUAUAGAAGGAAACCUUAGUACUCUUAAAUAUGUCAUAUCACCAAUGGAAUUAACCAUGGCUGUUGAACAUGAUUUCCAGUCAUUCUUUCUUGAAGAUGAUGUGGACUGCAGAAAUACGAAUUUUAAUGAAGAUAAAAUUAUGAUCCUUUCACAGGAUAAGAUGAGCUCAACAAAUUGGCCUGCUCCCAAUGUAUGGGUCUUCAUUUCUCUCAAAGGGUAGAGCACUGCAGCACGAAUGCAGAGGUCAUGGGUUCAAAUCCUGUUGAAGUCCCAAAAUUAUUUGCAAUUUCUUAAAUUGCAAUUACCAAUAUGACUAUCAGAUCUUCAUUUAAAAAAAGUCAUUCUUUCUGCUGAAACAGUAUUGUUUAUCAGAGUUGUGUACUUUUUUAUUGAUGCACUUUUAAACAUUUAUAACCUUAGGGUGACAGGACAUUUACUUUUGAAAUGAAUUCACCUCCAGUCUCACAUUUCCUCAAAACAGCAGCAGGGAUUGAAAAGGGAGCACAAAAGCCAGGUACCUUAAUAUAAAACCCUCAAGUCCAAUUGCUAAGAGGACAUUAGUCUUGUGGUGAACAGUUAUCAGUGAUAUAGGUCUCCAGUUAAAAAAAACUAUAUAAAAGCGUUUCAGUGGUUCUCAUGUACACACCAUUUCAUAUCUUUUCCCUCUUUGAUGCAAACAUUUAAAAACAUUGCACUUUGCCCUUGUUGACUUCAGGACUUACUGUAAGAUGCUUGAAAAUUUUGAAAUUUUUCACCACCAGGGAGAGAAGUUGCCGGCACAGUGACUCUAAAACAGAUUUAUGAAAUUGCAAAAAUCAAGAAACAAGACUCAAACAACAGAAAUGUUCCAUUAAAAAGUGUGUGUAGGUCAGUUAUUGGAUCAGCAAGAAGUAUGGGGAUACAGGUUAUUCCAGGCAAAGAUUCAGAUACAUAACACAGUGAUGUCACACAGUCAGUUAUGUGGAAAGUGACAUUGCUUGAGAUACUGUUGUUGCAAAGCUUCAUGAAGUCAAGUGCGGUGCAAAAUAACUGGGGAAGAGUACCGUAGAGACUGGGCUGUGACUCAACUUAAUGUACUGGAUGUAUUUUGGAAUGGAUAGUAGAGUCAAAGGAGUGGAAUGAGGAAUUGGAAGUUGAGAAAUGUGCAAAGCAUUUUAUUGUUGGUUGGCGCAUCAUCUUUUUGUAGUUUCCUUUAUCAACAAGAACAUGUGAACAGAGUAUCCUUAAUGGACUCACAAACAAUGAUAUUUUUGAAUGAAGCAGAAGAUGUCCUUUUUCAAGGGUUGAGUUUGUAACUUACAUUACAGUUUAACUGUCAUAAUAAAUAGAGCGCAGAGCAGUCAGCUUCAGACUUUCAAGUCCUGCAUAUGGAUACUACAUCAUUAGGAAUUCUUGGAUCCAUCAAUGUUGGGUGAUGUUGGGCAGUGUUGGAUCCAGCGUUUCACCAACACCAAUCCACUUUUCCAACCUGUAGCAUGGAAAUGUUACUUAUUGUGCACAGCCAUCGUUUCCCCUAGUUUUUUUUUAUUUUUCUUUAUUUCCAGCCUGUGCUGUAUUUGUGUUUUUUACCCUUAUUAAUUCUUUUCUUUCCUGGUCCAAGUUAUGGUGGAAUGACUUGUCACCAUAACUCUUAAAUCUGAGGACAAAAACCUAUGAAACCUCUUGGGUAGAACAUGUGCAUAAUAUUAUUUAUUUCAUAUGAUGUUACCAGAGGGUAAUUGGAGUUUUUGUGAAUAUUUUUUCUCCGUUACUGUCAUUAGUGAAAGGAUAUUCAUGAU